GAUAUGUUACCGUCAAAUCGGCAGAUGAGAGAAUAGAGAUUUGUAGAGAUCUAUAGCAUAGUUGGCGCCCGGCUAAUACUGUGACACAAACAUCGAUGCUAGAUACCUAGGGUGACAUUCAGAUGACCACUUGAGCUUGCUCACAAACCAUUUCUUCCCAAACGGGAUAGUAUAUAUAUAUAUAUGUAUAUAUGUAUAUAUCUGGGCAUCUCUUCAUCAUCAGAUGGUUAGGUAUGUUGAGUUCCACAAAUUUGUUAAGGUAGGUCUGUCGCACCUUCUCACGUUGACCAGAUCAGGUCGGCCAUCGGCACAUAUGAAAUACCUAUCUAGGCACCAAAAUGGCAGUUGCACCUUCCAUGUUACCUCAUGUCGAGGAUUCACCUGUGGCUCGUUGCUUCCCCCUCAGGCGGGCAGUCACCAUGGACGGUCCCGAAUCCGGAAGAAGUCAGCUGUCUUUUGUUCUCGUUUGCUGUCGUUUGUUGUCCUCUUCUCACGACAACUUCAUCAUCACCCAUUUCGGGGACCUGGUCUCCCACCCCCGUCUUUCUCUAUGUCUUGGACACACAACGUUCAGCAAUAGCUCUGCCGAGCCCCGAAGCGAUUGAUUGAUUACGGUAUCGAUCUAUGACUCGGGCUUUUUUUGGUGCUGGAGAGGUUCCAGGUUUAUCAUGGAGCCGCCCAUACACAUCACGCGGCGGUCCCGAAGCCACGGCGCUCUCAACAGAAGCUAUUCGAGUACAUCCGCUUCCGAUUCGUCUCGUCUCCAUCGACCACGUCGUGCCCAUUCCCGUCAGCAGCUGCGCAGCGUCAACGAGAACUCAUCUCUACUUGUGUCCCCAGGUCCCCUGGAGAGCAUGCUCAAGACCACCACCGAGACAGGGGAUAUCGGUUUGUUCUCCAUCAGACCAGCUCGCUCGUCAGGGAAUUUGCAUGCUUCUUCACCCCGUCGGAGACCAGCUUAUGGCGGAACACCGCUCAACAGACGUCCCAAUGGCGAUGGGAUGAGGAGUUAUAGUCUCCGGGACGACCGAAGAUGGCUACCAUCAUAUCGAGACACCACAUCCGAGAUCAUCUCCAUGUACGGAUCCGAUAGCCGGUACUCUGCCUCCGCCUCCAGCGCACUUACACGCCCGUGUGACGACAUGGGAAAUAGGUCUUACUCCAUGACAACGUGUAGCUCACACCGCCCGCCGAGUCAAAAAGCAUCAGGGGACCUCCAGAGCCAGCAGCAGGAAGGCUAUCUCCAGAGGCCUCGCUCUCCCUACCCAUACCCAACGAGGCUGAAACGGCCAGGGGUUCGGCCCGCUUCACCAGCCUUGACGGAGAAUGGGGCCGUCGAUUAUAGUAAAAUGGUUGGGAUUGAUAGGGUGUCUCUCCGCACCGUUCACGGUUCGUACAAGCCGACCUAUCCUCAGUAUGGCAAUCGACAGGUACCACGGCUUCGCCAGGAUGGCACCAGCUCAAGUGAAUCGUUUUCGAGUUACGCUGCGGCCGAGAAGCAUAGUCUUUCUGCCGGCCUGCCCCUGUCCCCCGCUCCGUGGGGCCAUCGUUACCGCGGUCGUCUUGGGAGCAGCGCAUCUGAACACAGCCUUAGGACUUCUAGUUUAACAUCGAUUCUUAACAUGUACCAACGUUCGACGUGUGGGCCACCGACCCGGGACCCGUCUCUUCGCGUGAAACCACCGGGCACCUUCUAUUACGAUUACUCGGAAGGUUUCGAUUACACGAAUGAUAGCCCUCCGCCGUUACCUGACCUUCCCUCUGACAUUGUAACCCGCUCCACGAGUGUUUGUCAGUCGCGGGAUAUGGAUAAUGUCGUCAAGCAUCACUGCCCACCUUCCGGGCCAACACUGCGCUCCGAGGAAGACAUCCCAAGCCUUGGGACGCAAGCCCGGAAUUCGGAGGAACUCGAUUCGCAAAGCCGAAAAGAUAAACUUAGCCCUCAAGACACACCAAGGCAGAAGCCCCAGAACGAAGAAUCCAAUGCUGAUAGUCUGGACGAAGACAGCUCUCGGUUCGAUGCUGAGCGUUCUCCUCUUUCGCACUCACGAAGAUACGAAGAAGAAGAAGAAUGGAGUGUCGGAACAGCAGUCGUUCGUCGACGACAAAACACGAGUCUGACCGUCAGGAGUGACUUGCAGUUCUCAACACCGAAAGCCGUGCGAGUUUCUACCAUUAGAAGCUAUGAAGAGAAUAUGCGGCGCCUGGCAGUUUCUCCCCCUAAGCUGGGUCCCUUGGCAGACUACACUCACAGUUCCUCGCCGGCCCAUUAUCGUCAGAGGAGAGCUGUAUCCUCACCGCUCAGAGUUCAGACGCGGCGAAACACGGCAUAUCCAAGAGGUUUCGGUCACUGCGGGCUUGCAUCAAUGGAAGAGUCGUCGGAUGGAAUCGUCGGCACAGAUGCACAGGAUGAGUUUGCGACAUCAGAAGACGGCAUGGUCCAUUCAAAUACGUAUCUCUCGAGUCUGCCAGCCGCGGAAACGGGUGGUCAUUUUCUUCGGCCUUUACAUGUGGACGACCCAGCAUCCCGAGGCCACAAAAGAAAUCUUGCGAUGCACACGAUAAACACCAACGACCUGCGGAAUCUGACCGAGGCUGAAAUCGGCUCGAUCGUUGACCGCUCCCGAACGCCCAUGUUGGCACCACAUCCCAUCUCGCCAGCAAGGCAACUCCGGCUACAGAACAGCGUGCCGCAGCUCAUGAAGGCCUUGCCUCGGUCGCCGGGUAUUCCUGUUCGAAGCGAAUCUUGUUUCGCCAACUUUUACAGUCAAGAUCUCGAAUACAUAACGGGCUUUUCUACCCCUGAUCCUUCUAGCUUCGGUGUCGAGCAACCAACUAUGGUUGCCCCCAUGUUCCCAUACGGCUCAGAUCAACAGGAGCCAAAGUUCAAGACGCCGUCUUCGCCGUUGGCUUCUGCCGUGGUUCCAGAAGAGCUAGGAGAUGAUGGAGUAUAUGCUGAUUCGAGAGAGAAGCCAAGGCGCUCGGGCUCACGAAACAGUUCGCGAAAUAGUAAGCUGAAGCUCAAGGUUUCCCGAGGUGCUCUCAACAAAAUGCAUGCGGAAGGCAUCGGAGGCAGGAGCAACACGGCCGCUGGGCCAGCAGGAGAAUGGUCUGGGCCACAUCCCAAACCACGGGGUCGGCCUUCCAGAAACCACAUGAAUCCAGGGGUAACAAACAUGGACAGCCUGGUAGAGUCAGCCGCAGAAGCCGAGAAGACUGACACAUGCGAUCAAGAGGUUGCUUUCCUCGACAGCCCUUGUUCAAGCAUUCCGGCGCCUGCAAUACCAGACUCUCACCAAGAUGAUGUUGGCGAUAAGCCAUCACCGGCCACACAGGGUCCUAGGGAAGUGACUAGUCCAACGGCUCGGAGUGAGGCGCGGAGCUCACUUCCACACGACAGCUGCGUCAGUGGGCAAUCGCCCCGAGGGCUGAAGAAACGCUUCCCGGAUUUACGAGUUCGCCUGGCGGAGUCCCGGUUGAGGUCGGCCGAAACACUGACUCCAGACGGUAGGAUAGGGGAGGUGAUUGAGGUGGUCCUUACUCCUCCUGUCGAGGCACCCAUGUCGGAGUCUGGGCAUGGCUCCAAGGUGAAUCUGACGACGAAAGAUGGAGACGGUGAUAACAACGCCAGUGAUGAGGGAGCUGCUGGGAAGCAUCAAGGAAAAGGGUUCAGGGGGAGGAUGUCAAGAUGGUUCAAGGUUGCGAGGCAGGCGGUUAUGGGGGCCUGUAGUGGGUCGGGGAAACGAGGUUGA